GUAAGUAUCUUUUUUUAUAAGACUACUUUAGAGGGAGACGACCCAUGAAAGAGUAAAGAACAAAACCUAGAAGAAAAAAGGUGGUACACUAGCUAAAAAAGCAAGAGGUUUUAUGGGUAUGUUUUCUGAGUUGUUUCCUUGAAUAGAGAGAAAGUUUAAAAGAAACUAGCUAGCCAUAUAGUUUUAACAAGUAUAAUUACACCAUCUUGGGAUCUAAAAAGGAUCCAUUUAAAACCCCAAAUAUUAUUAUGGACUCCACCAAUUUUCAGCACCACGAGCAACGACAACAACAACAACAACAACAACAACAACAACAUCUUCAAGACCACUUUGUUGGAUGCUCUCCUUUAAACAUCCCUUCUUCAAGCUAUGGAGUUUCUACGUCUCUUCAGUGGAACUCUACCAUCUUGCCAACGACUACUUCAUCAGACAACAGUAACGCAUUCGACAAUAAGCAAUACGAAAGCGAGUUUUUAAGCUGUACAACAAGCACACUCCCUAAAAUCGAAGACGACAUGCUGAGUUCAUUCCCUAGUUUUGGUGGUCUAAUUCAUAAUCCUUCAACUACAAAUACUUUGGAAAACAUUAAUCCUUGGUUUAAUGGAUUGAUCUCUACUUCGCCGACGAUACCCUUUAGUACUAGGCCGGGAUUAAUGCAGCUUCCUGGCCUAGAGGUUAACAGUUGGGGACAUAAUAAUCAUGGUUUUCAUGGCACAAGUAUCCUUAAUCAGCUUGGACUAGUGUCUUCGCCGAAUAAUUCAACAGCAUCUACUGUAUCAAGUAGUAGUCCUCGCUUGGGACUAAACUUGCAAGCUAUGGAUUUCCUAGGAAAUAAUUCGAGUUUCAGUGCUCAAACUCGCACUAUGACAUAUGAUGCUGUUGAUGGAGAAGAAGGUAUUAGCCCCAAUGGAAUCAUCAUGUCUAACAAGACCUCAACCUUGAUGAAUGGAUCAUUAACGGGAACAAAAAGAGCAGCUGGGAGUUGUAGUAGUGAUCAGUCAAAGGCAUCAUCAACAUCCAACAAUUCUGUAGCUUCUAAUAAGAAAUCUCCACUCAAGGUUUCUUGCCCUCCGUUUAAGGUUAGGAAGGAAAAACUGGGAGAAAGGAUAGCAUCACUACACCAAUUGGUUUCACCUUUCGGCAAGACGGACACAGCUUCUGUGUUGACAGAGGCAAUUGGAUAUAUCCAAUUUCUUCAAGAUCAGAUCCAUACACUUUGUAUGCCUCAUGCUAAGCCUUCCCGUAGCAAGCCUUGUAGACCCUUCCAAAUGGGAAUAGGAAAUGAAGAUGACGGAAAGGAAGAAGAAAGAAUAGAACUUCGAAGAAGAGGAUUGUGCCUUGUGCCUUACUCUUGGACAUCAUAUAUUCCGCCAACGCAAAUGGAUGCAUCCAAUCAUCCUACUUAUUUUUAGGGUUAUUAUAUUCUGAAAAGAUUUCUUUAGACAUUGCUUAAAACAUAACACUACCCGGUUUAUAUUUGCAAAAUCUAUUAUGCAUUGGAACACCUAGACCUAGGUAGUCAAAACUGUAUUCAUGAUCUGCUACAUGGCACUCAAUGAGAAAAAAAAAAGCGCCUAAAUAAGCAGAGAUAAAUGAAUUAAAAUCUUUUGUCCCA